AUGGGCUCCUUAGACAUUCCCAAGAAGCAACGCGCAGCCGUGAAGCAGGGCAGUGGCCAUGACGCGAAAGCCCCCGUGCAAGAGGUCGAUGUGCAGAUGCCAGGGCCCGAUCAAAUCCUUGUCAAGAUCAAUUGGACUGGUCUAUGCGCCUCCGACAAGUCACUCAUUCAUGACGAGUGGGCAGCAUUUGGUGUGGCCAUGAAGGACGAGACUAAAGGUAUUGCUGGGCAUGAGGGAGCUGGCGUCGUUGUUGCCGUGGGCGAGAACAUGCGACACAAGUGGAAGAAUGGUGAUAGAGCUGGCAUUAAAUGGGUGUGGUCGACGUGCGGAGAGUGCGAGUUCUGCCUCAACGGGGUGGACGAGUUGCAUUGUCCAAAGCAGAUCAACGCAGGCUUCACGACACAAGGAACUUUCUCGCAAUACUGCGUGUCAGAUGGAAGAUACACAACAAGAAUUCCAGAAGGUGUUUCAGACGAAGAAGCCGGUCCCAUCAUGUGCGGCGGUGUGACAGCUUACGUCGCUUGUAAGCGAAGUGCCGUCAAGCCGGGACAAUGGAUUGUGCUUCCAGGAGCAGGAGGCGGGCUCGGGCACUUCGCCGUGCAGUACGCCAAAGCCAUGGGUAUGCGCAUAAUCGCCAUCGAUGGUGGCGCCGAGAAAGGCGAACUCUGCAAGAAGCUCGGGGCUGAAGAGUACAUCGACUUUACCAGCACAAAGGACAUCGCUGCUGAAGUCACACGAAUCACAACGUAUGGUGCCCACGGCGUCCUUGUUACCGCCGCAACGGCCGAAGCGUAUGCUUCGGCACCGAAUCUGCUGCGUCCUGGUGGCACGGUGGUCGCCGUUGGCUUGCCUAAGGAUCCAAGCGUUAUCGCUGGCGCACCUCCUAUUCUGCUAUGUUUGAAGAGACUGAAUGUUGUCGGCAGCGUUACUGGAACCUUGAAAGAUGUAGAAGAAGCGCUGAGCUUUACAGCUCGUGGCCUAGUACACCCGAUUCUCACUAAGGGGACAUUGGACGAUGUCGAUAAGUACUGCGAGCUGAUGAUCGCUGGGAAGCUACCAGGUAGAGCGGUGUUGAAGCAAUGCUUCGCAAAGCCUGCCUUUGCGUUGAUGGACUUGCAUACCAGUCCAGACCCGCAGGCCGAUCCGCGAGUACCCCUCGAUAGUCCAACAGCAGACGUUUCGGCGUCUGAGAGACGGAACGCGCGCCCCGAGAAGGACAACGAUGGCGACCAAUCAGCUUCCACGCUACAUUCGCCACAAGCCGGCUCUUCAGAUGAGGCUCCGACACAGGGAUCGAUCCCGGACACGGUGAACGGAGUUCGAAGCGAGCAAGUCGUUGGCACGGACGAGAAACCGCGUGGGCAACUCGAGCAGUAUCCGGACAAUCUGGUUGAUUUCGACGGUGUAGACGACAAGGACAACCCAAAGAACUUCUCUACAGCGCGGAAAUGGGCGAUAACAACCUCGAUGGGCUUGAUGACCUUCGUCGUGACAUUCGCCAGCACAGUCUUCAGUGUUGCAGUCGAGCCAGUGGCAGAAGAGUACAACAUAAGCCGCACGACGGCCACACUCGGCGUGAGUCUCUUCCUGCUCGGCUUUGUCUUCGGCCCGCUCAUCUUCGGACCCGCUUCGGAGGCGUAUGGCCGUCGGACGCCCUGA